AUGAUUCUGAGAGAAGUAGAAUCUGGUUCGAUUAAUGUAACGAAUUCAGAUGAGAACCGUCACCCACGUGUCACCGGACGUAUAGUUAAGCUUUAUUCGGGAUCCAAUCCAGAGCCAAUUACAUGUACUGAUGAAGGAUUUCGGGCGGAUCCUGUAGACUGUUCAAUAUUUUACCGCUGUAUAAAAACUAAGAGUGGUAAAUAUUCAGUACUUCGGUUUCAAUGCGGCCCGGGCACCGUCUAUGAUACUGAUACUGAAAGCAUCAAGCGUAGGGUCCAG